AUCGACGGAAAGGGCAAGGCACAUCCUCCGUUCCAUUGGCUGGAGACACACCAACCGUGAUUGUAGCAUCUCGAGGCUCGGAAUCUGGAACCAGGAGCACCUUCCCCGUUGCAACGUCAUCCCCAAAGCGAACCUCAACGAUCAACCUCGACAAGUCUACCUCCACUUCCGGCGAGACAGUACCUGGCGACAUGCUCAGUUACCGUCCCGCGAAUGCGACAACCCGCCUACUAGCGUGACCGACCACGGCGCGGGAGCGAUGAUGUCCUCAACGAACGAGGAGGACCCGUUCCUCCAGGUCCAGCAAGAUGUCCUCACCCAGCUCCAAACCGCGCGCUCCCUCUUCACAUCCUACCUACGCAUCCGCUCGCUAGCCACGGCACCAACCUCCCCGGAACUGGCAUCCGCGCGCGCCGACCUCGAGUCGUCACUGACAUCGCUGGCCGACGACCUCGCCGACCUGGCCGGGUCGGUGCGGGCGGUCGAGUCCGACCCGGCGCGGUUCGGGCUCUCGGUGGCCGAGGUCGGCCGCCGCAAGCGCCUCGUGCAGGAGGUCGGCGGCGAGGUCGACGACAUGCGCGAGGAGCUCGCCAAGGCCUCUUCUGGGGCUGCUGCCGCCGGUGCGCGGCGCGGCGGGAGGGGCGGGGAUCUGCCGGAUCCGUCGUCGUUCGCUAUUGCGGACGGGGAGGCUGAUGGUGCUGGAGGGGGGGCCGAUUAUGUGGCUCAGUUCGAGCGCGAACAGCAGGUUGUGAUGAUGCGCGAGCAGGACCAGCAUCUAAAUGGGGUGUCCCGGACGGUGGGGAAUCUGCGGCGGCAGGCGGACGAUAUGGGCCGGGAGCUGGAGGAGCAGGUGGAGAUGCUCCAGGAGACGGAACGGGUGGCAGAUCGGGUCGAAGGGAGGUUGAAGACGGGGAUGGAUAAGAUAGGCCAUGUGUUGAGGAGGACGGAGGAUCGGUACAGCAGUUGUUGUAUAGGACUUUUGAUCGUUGUGUUGGUCAUCUUGUUGAUCUUGCUACUAAUAUUAUGAGAUCGGGGGGAUGGUCGUCUGGUGGAUUGAUGGGACGUUAUUGGGAUGUAUUGCAUAAUACCAGGGCGUAGAUAGAUGGGGUUUUUCGCAACGAGGCGUUUAU